AUCACUACCCUCCAUGCGAAGGCACUGUAUUUGACAGUCAUGUUAUUGUUUACAGUCAGACAGUGACACAGCACCGCUGUCAGCACCCGGCACCCGGCUACUCUGGGAUAUUACUAGGAGAUUUAUAUUUGCCACUUUAUUUUUUACUUUUUAAAUAGUUUAUAGCGUAUGUUUAUAUCCAUAACUUGCACGAUAAACUUUGUUAUCGAAGUUUAGUUUGCUAUCUACCGGUAAGUCAGCCGGCCACCUCUCGGUGUGACUCAGCUAACUAACUUUGUACUAGAUCAGCUGCAGUUGUCAUUUUGAAGUAACCAAUUUGUGCCAUAAUGGACCAAACCGACUCUUACCCGGUGAAACUGUACAUCUACGACAUGUCCAGAGGCAUGGCCCGACAGCUGAGUGCUGUCAUGUUAGGGACACAACUUGAUGGGAUAUGGCACACUGGUAUCGUGGUCCAUGGAAAGGAGUUCUUCUUUAUGGGAGAAGGCAUCAGCAGUUGUCCCCCUUGUGGCACACCCUUGGGUGAACCUGACUCCGUAGUGGACCUGGGCUCCACUGAGGUGCCUGCAGAGCUGUUUAUGGAGUACCUGUUUUCACUGGCAGAUUCAACAUACAGAGGUGACAAGUACAACUUGUUUGAGCACAACUGCAACACUUUCAGCGACGAGGUGGCUCAGUUCCUCACGGGCAAAAAGAUCCCAUCGUACAUCACAGACCUUCCAUCUGACGUUCUAUCCACGCCUUUUGGCCAGGCUCUCCGUCCCUUACUGGAUUCCAUCGUCAUAAAUCCUGGAGGCACCAACAUAACCGGACAGCGAUAGACGGGCCAUGCACAUUAAAGGGGAACACCACC